AGGUGAUUUUAUUCAGCCUCCGGGGGUAUUUUGGCGGGCGGUUUAUCAGGCGGGGUCAGGGGUCGGAGUGCGGCCUCGGGCUCGCUGGGCGCAGGCGGCGGCGGAGGAGCGGAGGAUGCACAGCCUGGCGGCGGGCGCGCCAGUUACUGCACUGGCCCAGGUGGAUCGAGAGAAGAUUUAUCAGUGGAUCAACGAGCUGUCGAGCCCCGAGACCCGUGAGAAUGCCCUGUUGGAACUCAGCAAAAAGCGAGAGUCAGUUCCCGACCUGGCACCCAUGCUCUGGCACUCAUUUGGAACCAUUGCAGCCCUACUACAGGAGAUUGUAAAUAUUUACCCUUCUAUCAACCCUCCAACUCUGACAGCUCAUCAGUCUAACCGCGUGUGUAACGCACUAGCAUUAUUACAAUGUGUUGCUUCACAUCCAGAAACCAGGUCAGCAUUCCUUGCAGCACACAUCCCCCUCUUCCUCUAUCCAUUCUUGCACACCGUAAGCAAAACAAGACCCUUCGAGUAUCUGCGACUCACCAGUCUCGGUGUCAUAGGAGCCUUGGUAAAAACAGAUGAACAGGAAGUCAUCAACUUUCUUUUGACAACUGAAAUUAUUCCUCUCUGUCUUCGUAUCAUGGAGUCGGGAAGUGAAUUGUCGAAAACGGUUGCAACUUUCAUUCUACAGAAGAUUCUCUUGGACGACACAGGACUGGCUUAUAUCUGUCAAACCUACGAGCGAUUCUCACACGUGGCCAUGAUCCUGGGUAAGAUGGUGCUGCAGUUGUCCAAAGAGCCUUCGGCCAGGUUGUUGAAACAUGUUGUCCGAUGCUACCUCCGUCUCUCUGACAACCCACGGGCAAGGGAGGCACUGCGGCAGUGCCUGCCCGACCAGUUGAAGGACACCACCUUUGCCCAGGUGCUGAAGGAUGACACCACCACGAAACGCUGGCUGGCCCAAUUGGUGAAGAACCUCCAGGAGGGGCAGGUCACUGAUCCUCGGGGAAUCCCGUUGCCUCCUCAGUGACCUCCCACGUGCCCCGGUUCGUCUGGCUGGAACAUCUCGUCGCUACCAUGGUGGUAAGGGGUGGGACAGCGUUACAUCUGUGCGCCUGCCUCUCUCUCCGAGAUGUUUGCGAGGAGGAUUGUAGCAGAUCGGGAGCCCCCAUCUCUGUUGCCCUCUCAACUGAUGGGUGACACAGCACUGCAAGGAGGCUGGCUAAGCGGUCACACGGAGAAGAAUGCUGGGUUAUUCGUGGGCGUGCUUCAUGUGGGAAGCCAGACUGAGAUUCACCAAGGAUAGCUGAACAGUGUGCUUUAUUUCCUCUUCUCAUGUCUCUUGUGGGAUACUUUAUUUUUGGUGUGCCACAUUACUGUAGCAGUUAUUGUGACACUAUUAUAGCUUGGGGCAUCGGAGUUCAAAUCCAGCAUCCUCUAGCAAGUUUGUAUGUUCCUUCCUAUGUGCGCAUGGAUUUCCUCUGGGUGCUCCAGAUUCCUCUCACAGUUCAAAGAUGUACCGGUUAGUAGGUUAAUUGGUCAUUUUAAUUGUCCUGUGAAUAGGUGGGUUGCUGGGUGGUGCAGCUUGGUGGGCCAGAACGGCCUUUACCACACUGUAUUCCCAAAUAAAAAAGGUAAAUUUUGGUCCACCUUCUAGAAUGUAGCUAUCCCUUUCCCGAGUUGAUCCAUGGACAACUCAUCUGGAGUGCGAGGAAUUCUGGUGCCAGAUCGGUUUUUGAUCUUUCUACCUUUGCGCAUCCAGUGGCAAGCUUUGUAUGUCUCCCAUUUGCUCCCUUUCUCAGAAGCUUUCAGUUGUGCCUGGCUCCACUGUGUUGGAAGGGGGAGUAACUUGGGCGCAAAUGAACACAAAAGUCAUUGGUUCCAUCACCUCCAAACUUGAUGCUCUUUUCUCCAUCUAUUUUUCUGUUCUGCCUCUCUCCUCCCUCUCAACAUCCUGCUCUCCAGCCCCAGACAUCCUUCAGUUAAUCGGCCUAUCCUAUCCUUUGUCCAAAGUUCUUCAUUUGCACAGCUUUGCCACUGCUGACCUGUUCCUCCACCUCCUGGUGUCUUGCAGACCUUCAAAAGGCGUCUUUGUGUGUGAACUUUAGUCAGAUAAGCUUCCGGUAGGAGUCAUUGUGGAGGCGUACAGUUGGAAGUGAAAUCCUGUAUGGAAGUAAGGGUGGAAAAUGUGGCGGGUUGUCCUAGCAUUUUAUUAUCAUUGCCCUCAGUUUGUCUCAGGGCAGAUUGGAGAUUCGAGGGAACCUGUUGUCCUGCUCUGGCUGCUUGUAUUUUAGCCCAGGACCAGGCUCAAACAGCCUGUGCAGCCAUUACCCAUUUCUUGCAGGGCUGCAAGCACUCUGGUAUCUGUGCCCACCCAGGCACACCAUUCUGCCUUAACACACCCCAUCCUGUAUUCCACUAGAAUCUGGGCCCCUGGCAACUGUGCCUCCCCAGGCACACCAUUCUGCCUUUUUUCCACUGGAAUCUGGGCCCCCAGCAGCUGUGCCCAUCAGGCAUGUCAUUUUUCUUAGCUCAUAACGCAUUAUAGCCUGUUUUGUACCAGACUCCAGGUCACCAGCAGCUGUACCCACCUAGCCACAUCAUUCUGCUUACGCAUCCCAGUCUGUUUUCCACCAGGCUUGGGCUCCCGAGGUUCUGUAAUACCGCUAAGACAGUUGGCUGUUUUCACCUCCUAGUAUCCCAGUGAGUGGCAUGAGGAUGGUGAUUGUAAGAUAAGUCUGUUCCAUGAUUUGCUGGGACAUUCCAAUCUGAAAUUAAUAAAUAUUUUUUAAAAUA